AUGAAUCUCUACCCGAUAGGGGAUUCCUUACUGUUGGGUCUUGAUUCUCUUUUUUUGCCGUUGUUGCCUGAACAAAACGCCAUAUUUUGCGCUCUUACCUCGCUUUUUGAUUGGACACACCACCAACAAAGUCACGCCGUCGUAAAUGGACCUCUAAACGAAAGAAAAGAUUUGGAAUUGACCUAUUCCACAAUGGAAACCGUCCCUUGUCAAAGGACAAUAGAAGCUUCAUCCAAACCUCCCGAACGCUCAAAAUCGCUUUUUAAGCUGCUCAGUGCGCGGGUGGAGGUUGCUGUUGUUGUAUUCCGCACAAGUGAAGUCGCAUUUUUCGAUUUACGCAGUAAGCAAAAAGUACCUUCCAUCUUUCGAUGUAUUCAUAGUAAUGGAAAUAGUUGGAGCAAUAAUAAUAGUAUACCAACGUCGCAUCCUCUUAGUGCUCCAGCGCUCGGUAUGGCAAGCUGCGCGGCGUUGAUUUCGCUUGAACUCAGCUAUGUCUGUCGUAUUCCUUGUGGGAAAAAAGAAGACACGAAUUCAUUACAAUAUUGCGAAUAUUCAUAUCCGCGCGGUGUUAUUGGCGGCGAGGACGGCCGCGUGAGCGUCUUCUCUGAGCACGCCUAUCUUUUAAGCUUUAUCGCGCACGAUUGCCCGGUUGUUAGCGUGAAUGCAAUCUAUACCUACACCGGGAAAGAUAGUAGGGAGGAAGAGGAGGAAGGGGGGAUGGAGAACCUUGGUUUUAUUACUGAGGGCGCGGAUGGCGUGGUUUACGGGUGGUGGCACUGCAAAAGUGACAAAGGUAGGAUUAGCAAACGACGGCGGAAGUUACUUUCUGAAAAAAGUAUUAUGACCGAUACCACUACUAUGAUGCCGUCUCGCAAAGUUGCUUUUGCCGUCUAUCAGCCUCGCUUUGACAAUUGGUUACUUUUGCCGUCGUACGCAAUGCUGUUCGCACCCGAUGUCGCCCUCCCGAAUCUAUUCUUUAUUCACGCGAGCAGUCCUGAUAAAGAAGAAAAUAUUAACGAUCAUUCACAAAUACUGCAAGCGCGGCCGUUUAAUACUACGGAAGCUUCGGAAGGCGUCUUUUCAUCGCGUUUCUUCGCCCUGCCGACUUCAUCUCAGCAGCGUAUUGACGCUAUUGCCGUAGACGGCGAGCUCUGCGCGGUCGCGCAAGGCGUGGAACUCUUUCUUAUUCAGCUUCUUUCUCCUGAAGAAGAUGGCUUGGACGAGGAUCACACAAAUACGAAGAAAAUGCCAACAGGUCGGCAUAUUUUUUCCUCACCAACGCCCAUAAUGAACCUUUUCUUGCAGAAUGAUCUCCUCGCUGGGAGCUGUAAUGAAGGGCAUCUCUUCGUGCUCGAGGUGCCAUCUGGUAGGCUGCUCACGAGCUGUCGCAGCUAUAAAUUUCAGCCGGUCAAAUCCAUUACUUUGAACUCCCGCGCGCGAUUAAUGGCGGUGGUAGAUGACAUUGACGGCGCGAUAGAAAUUAUCCGACUGCCGACGGUGUCAUUUAAACACGCCUCCGAAUCACUCAGGGCGGGGAUCUUGCCCUCCGAUGUGGCUAAACAAUUAUAUGCAGGGAGCGCUCCGGCGGCGCGGGUUCUGCCAACCGCCCUCGCGCUGCGUUAUCGCUGCCAGAUCGAGGAGUUCUCUCACUCUAAAUCGUUUUCUGAAGCUGCAAAUAUACUGCAAUGGCAAGCUACAACGAAUCCUACUACCAUUAAAUUGUUGGAUGAUGCGGAUAACGAAAGUAUCGCGCUGAAAAAAGCAUCAGGAGAAUUCUUACGCAAAGUUAUAGAGUCAUUGAAAGAAACCUACAACAUCCUACGCUUCUCCAUACCUUGGAACCAUCAGCAAGGCUUAAGCUGA